UUUUGCAAUAGUCUCGCGUUAGAUUGCGAGAUUUUCAUCGGUCACGUGAUCUCCGCAGACCUCACCCUCCCGACAAGGGGACUGCGCCGACGACGGUUGUGGCCACUGGUCUUUUGUGAACCAUGGAGUUGAAAUAUGACAACCUUUCAGAGUAUAAAGUGGAGAAUCUUCAGUGCUUUCUGUGCUUCAUUACCUUUCGUGAUCCAAAGUCAAAAGCAAGACACAUGAAGAAAACCCAUGGAGACAUCUAUAAGCAACAGCUACAAUUGACUGAAACAAAAUUUUCCUGCUACAAGUGUGACAAGAUUUAUAGCACGUCUGAGGAGCUCAGCGAACACUCGGCCACACACGACAACAAUGAGAAAAGUUUUCAAUGCCCCUACUGUCGGGCAACUUUCUACACUUUUACAGAGGUGACAAAACACAGGAGGUGGGACUGUGGCAAGCGGCAAUGCCCCUGCAAAGACUGUGGACUCAAAUUUCCGAACCCAUCCCGAUUGAAUCAACACAGACUUAAAGUACAUUCUUCACGAGUUGGAUCUUCAAUAGAGGAGGAUUUGACCUACAAGUGCCCCAAAUGUGACUGUAUUUUUCAAAAUGAAGAUGAGCUUAUUGACCACCAGGAAAGAGAUAUGGAUUGUACAAUAUCUGAACCAAAACCGCCUCCCAAAAAACGAGGUCGCAAACCCAAAAAUGAGAAGGAAUCUAUAACUAAAAAAGACAUGACUGAAUAUAGAUCUAGUAAUAAUGUUGUGGAGGAUGUACUCUCAAUCAAAAAGGAGAAAGUAGAGCUGGAGAUCCCAUGUCCCGAAGCAAAUUGCGACCUUGUUUUCUCGUCUGUUGAUGCCUUGAGGGCCCACAAAAAGGAGCAGCACAGCAAACCAUCCCGUAAAUCCCAUGCAUGCUCCGAAUGUGAACAGAGUUUUACUGAAGCCAACCAGUUCACCGUACACGUAGCAAAAGACCAUUGCUCUGAGGAGUACACAUGCCCCACCUGUGGAGAGGGGUUUCCAGACACAAGUGACCUCAUUGACCACAUGAGCACCCACUGUAAAAAAGAAGAGCCUGAAUUUAAUGCGGAAAAUGUGUAAACACUUACUAUAACCUUUUCAUUAUAUACACUGAUACAAAACAUGUGGUAUAUUUAAAAAGAACCAAUUCUUAAGAAUUUUUGCAUGUCUUUCCCUUGCUCCUCUUCAACUCAAAUGUGUAUAGGUGAAUUGGUGACUCAGAAUUGUCCAUGGUCAAUGAAUGUGAGAGUGAAUGGUUGAAACUAGUCAACGCCCCAGAUGUACCCCACCCAAGGCCAGUUACAGGGAUGACUUCCAGAACUCGCAUCACUGUAGGAGCUUUAUACAAUAUUCUUAUUUUUACACAAAGUAAUUUCACACUCAUUGCCCAUAUUUAUGUUUAUUUGAAGACCAAUUUUGAUUUAAAGGUAGCAAACGUAUGUACCCUCUAUCAAUAUGUGUGUAGAGUUUUCUGUUAAAUAAUCAAAAUAAGUCAUAUUUUAAGGGCAAAAUUGAAAGAUUUGUAGAUUUGCUAGAUUAUGUACAGUAAUAUUCUGUUUGUUAUACAUGUGGUGGAUAAUGCAUACGAAAUAGUAUGUUUUGCAAAAGACACAAUAUUGCCGAAAAUAUUCAAAAUAAUAAACUUGUACAUUUGAGUAUUGCUGUAUAUUGAGAAGCUUGCAUCACUAUACUUUUCUCAAUGCUUCUAAUUUUCCUCAUUAAUUUAUUCAUUUUGACUCUCAUUUAAUACUAUUAUGCAAUGACCAUAUGGAC